AUGAGCAAAAUAUCUAAUUAAGUUGAUAAUUAGAAAAGAUUAAAUAGGAUAUUAAAUUAAAUAAAAGAACUUGUAAAUGAGAAAGAAUAAUAAUAAGAACAGAAGAAUUAUGAUGAAAAAAGGUAGUUCUCAAAAGAAGAAAUGAUAAAGUUCAUAAAAGAAGAAUAUUAAUAAUUAAGCUAAGAAGUUCGAAAAUUGUAAGUAUUUCGAAAAAAUACCUUUGGAAGCCCUCCUAGAAAUAAAUGA